UUGGAGCUGCAGUACCGUAAAACGUGUGUAGUAGCACCAGCACCAUGUCGAGUACAGAUGCACUUCCCCAAUUUUCAGCUGUUGAGGAUAUUCUUACGCAGGCUACAUUCCAUCUGAAAAUUGGGAAACAUUCUUUUGAUGUUGAUGUCUCAAUAUGUCGCGAAAAGCUUACAUAUCGGAGCGUAAAUGGAGCCAAAUUGAAAGGAGAAAGCAUAGCAUUCACUGACAUUGUGGGAUGCCGAAGCAUCGGGGGAGGUGUCGGCCAGCAGUCGUCGACGGAUAGCGGGGACGGUGUGCCCAGAAAAAAGGAACUCAAUCAUAAAUUGAAAUUAAGCGAGAAGAGUGCAUGCUUGCAGAUUUUUGCAUACAAGUAUAACAAAAAUCCCAAUGCUGGUGGCGUGAGACGCAGAGUAGAGCUAAAUUUUGUGACAGAUGAGUUUGAAACACAAAAGGAGAAUGCUUCAUUGGUGGAGAAAUGGCGUUUGAUUAUUCUGGCUCUUCUUCAGGGAGUUGAGUUUUCCAGUGUAGAUGACUUGACGGAGUCCCUUAUACCACCACCACCGCACUACUUGGUAUGCAUCAAUCCAUUCAGUGGAAAAGAGAAAGCAGUUCAACUCUUUAAGGAACAAGCCAAGCCUAUAUUUGAGGAGGCCGGAAUCACAUUUAAAGAAAUCAUAACAGAGAGAAGAGGACAUGGUACUGAAAUAGCUAUGAACCUUGACCUGAAGGAGUACAAUGGGGUCAUCAUUGUCUCAGGUGAUGGCCUUUUUUAUGAGUUCAUCAAUGGGUUUGGACAAAGAAGGGACCGAGAAGAAGCGUUUAAGAUGCCUCUGGGAAUCCUCCCAGGGGGUUCUGGAAACGCACUUUGUUCAGCAGUGUUGGUAAACAGAGGGGAGCAAGUAUUAAAGAACAUGGCCUGCCAUGCUGCCGUAGCCAUUGUCAAGGGCAAAGUCAACCCCAAGGACAUGGUACAGAUCCAGACCCAAAAUGAGACGGUACUUUCCUUUCUUUCUGUGGCCUGGGGCAUCCUAGCUGACAUCGACAUAGAGAGUGAGAGGUUCCGUUUCCUAGGGGCAACAAGGUUUCAGGCCCAGGCAGUCCAGAGGAUCAUGUUCCUCCGCAAGAAUCCAGGACGCCUGUCAUUUCUACCCAUCAAGGACGAGUCCAAGUAUCAUCACCUCUGGGGAGCAGAGGACAAGAAAAGGGAUAGCUCAAGUGGCAUCAGCAUACAGGAAAGCCAGCAGAUAGAAACCAACAUCGGGGCAAAGAUGGGGGACUCCAGGAGCAGCAGUGCCAACCAGAAUGCAAACGCAAGUUCAUCCGAGGAAGGUACCUCAAAUGCAAUGGGUGAGGUGCAUGCAGAUGAUCUGGCGAUGCCUUCGCUGAGCGAUCCGGUUCCUCCAAACUGGACAGUCAUUCAAGGAGAUUUUGUUUGUGUCCUCAUAACCAUUGUGUCCCACAUAUCCAAUGACUUCAUGAGCCAUCCUGGUCGGUCAAUGGAUGAGGGCAUCAUCAUGGUCCAGUAUAUGGACGAGACAACAACACGCUGGAAACUGAUAAACACCUUCGAUAAAUACAUGACUGGGGAGUACCUUAAACAGGACUUUGUCAAGGCAAGAGUAGUGAAGGCUUUCAGGCUUGAGCCACUUAAUACCAAGGAGGGUAUCUUGACUGUAGAUGGAGAGCAGGUCAAGUUUGGACCCAUACAAGGCAUGUUGACCCCAUCAAAAUGUCACUGUAUAAUCUAAUACCUCAGCCAUUCUGUUUAGACAGACAUCAGACCUACAAAAAAUCAAACAUGAAUUUACCUGUGGAUGGCCAAAACUUGUUUGGUUUGGCAGUAUGAUGCAGUAUGAUGCCUUUGUUGUAAUUACCGGUACUUAAAUGCUAUCAAAGAUUUCCAAUUUUGUUUGUUCUUUUGACUCCUGCCUAACUCAAUCUCUUUGUAUGAUGUGUACAAAUCAUUCCCAAUCUAUCCACAAUCCAUUUUCUUUCCUGAUGUGGUAGAAAAAGAAAAAAAAAUUCUAUGAUCAUUGUACAGUAUUACAUUUGAAAACUAUGCAGUUGUGUCUUGCGAUAUCAUUCAGAAUUUAAUUCCACAUACAAUCAGAUACAUGUACUUUAUGUACAUACAAAAAUGAUAUUUGAAAUGUACAUUGACAACAUGAUGUUAUGGUAGUGGGAUUUGCAAUGUACAGUGUAUGCCUAUGUAACACUGCUGUAUAUCAUAAAUACCAAGCCAUCAUCUUAUUGAACCAUUAUUCUGAGAAUCAUUUUAGUGAGAUUUUGUCUCAUCAAGACACGCCCAUUUGUUGUGAUAGGAUAACAAUGAGAAAUGUCAUUAGAUUUCACCACCCUCCUGUUCAGCCAAUACAAUCACUCUCUAGUCUCUACCAGUCCAUUAGGCAAGAGAGUGCUUAUAUGUUAUUUUUGGGAGCCUCAAGCGCAACACACUUGUACUGGGAUUUUCUUUUAAAAUGGCUGAAUGAGGUUCACACAUAUAGGCUUUUGAACCCCAUUGCAUUACAAGCAUCUUUGCAAUUAUAAUAUUAGUCCGCCAAAAUGUUGAAACAAAACUCAAUAAACCUACAAGAAUUUUGCUUGAGAAAUUUUGUCAAUACUCAGUGCUGUUUUAUAUAAAAUUGUCCUCAGAAUACUGCCCCAGGUUAUCAGUAGCACAAAACCAUAUCAGGAGGAGAAUAAGUAUUAUUGGCAAAAAUGCAGUAUUAAAGGUCUGACCUUUCUUUGGUCUUGGUCUUCAAGAAUACGGUCUAUCACCUUUAGAGCUUCAUGUAGCAGGCUCAAACUUUCAGGGUACCAUUCAUUCAACUUUUAAUAAGUGAAUUCAUUGAUACUUUGUUGUUGUUGUGUUGUUUGGUUUUUAGGCUGUCCAAUCUGAAAAGAUUAUUUCUGCCUGGCUAUACUGUUUUCGGGUUCUUUAUCAAUGAUGAUUAGAUGGCGCUGUUUCUUUUUUUUUCUGGCUCAAUUAUUGAUUCAGUGAGUUUCACAGCUUCCGUUCAAUCGAUAGUGUGGCAAUAAUUGAGGAGUAUACAAUAUGUACAUAAGCAGAUAAAGGGUGUUUGUAACAAAUUGUUUCACAAAUCAUGAUAAGUACAAUUUGGCGGAAAUUGCACUUAUGCUAGUAAUACGUAUGUAAGAACACUAUUAUUAAUGUCUUUUGCAGAGUAUGCGACUUCAUUUCCUCCUUGAUAAAGACAAUCAUUUAUGUUUGUGAGCAUGCAGAAAUCAAGCAUGAGAACACAUGAUUAACUCAAAGUUAGUAUACGUAUUGGCAGAAUAAUGUUGUGAAUUCGUAAUUAGUUCUUCAAUGAUAUUAGAGAAAUUCAUCAUUUUAACAGAACUUUGCAUAGUAAAACAAAUUCAAACUUCCAUGAAAUAGAUAAAGCAGCAGCAUUCAUGACCAGAAGUGCCCCGAUCAAUGAAUUUCCAACCUUUUCUUCAGGUUUUAGACAUCCGCAGUCUUUCUCCAUGUCUGAAUCUGACCGUACACCCUCAUACAAUAAUGUUCUGUAUAUAGCAGCAUAAUGUUUAAUAGGGAUAGCUUAAGGUAUCAACGCAGAUGCUGCUCUUUGCCACCUUUUCACAGAUGUGCCUGUAAUGCAGAUCAUUUGUGCCUUUAAACUUAAUGCCAUUAUAGAUAGAACAAGGGCUUUUUCUCCUUUUGCCCUUUAAUUCUAUGAAAUCUUUCAGUGAAAGCUACCUCUGCUAAGGCAUUCCUAAAGAUAAUAUUAUUGAAAGAAUAAAAUGUAUAUUUUGGUUUUAAAUAAUAUUUUAUCACUUGAUCUACAUGAACAUGUACAGUGUGUAAUUAUUGCAUAGAGUAUAUUUAUAACAAAAUGUCUAUAAUUCUAAAAAUGUGCGCUGCAUAUUAAUCAUUAUGUUCUGUAAUUCACUGAAAUUUGUAUUUUUUCUACAUUAAUAUGCCGUUUUGCAAAUGAUUAACUUGUUUUCUGAGUUUUUAAUUUUGACAUUAUAUAUUAUGUAUCAACCAUAUAAAAUGAUUAAAAAUUAUUUUUUAAUUGAAAUAAAGAAAAAAAGUGAUCUUUCAUUUAAAAAAUCUUUGGCUUUAAACAUUUGUAUAAUUAGUACAACAGUCAAACCUGCUGUACUAAUCACCUGUGUAGAAAGACUACUUGUCAAACAGAUCACUCUUUCGUUUCCCUUAAAGGUGUUUUUUUUUUUACAUGUACUAUUAAACCAGUGGAUAUUAUGGGGUAAAGCAUGAAUUUUCCACAGACUCAAGCCAGAUUUUUCUUGACCUUUGUAUGCUAAUGGUCAAACGAACCUGUGGAAAGAUACCACCUGCCUAUGAAGACCAUUAUUCUUGUUUCACUGGAGUGGUCUUUACAGACAGGUUUCACAAUUUUUUCAAAUGUUUCAAGUGGCUUGAGAUUUGUUUGUGUUAUACAAAUGUAUGGUAUAUGCACAGAAGAAUAUGCAUUAAGUGAAGAGAUAAUGAUUUCUGUGUGAUAUGUACAUGUAUGUUUAUUUCGGGAAUUCUCAUUUUGUAUCAAUUUUUUGUUGUUGUAUUUCUAUGUUUAUCUUUUUUUUAAUUGUAUUACUGUUUUGAGCUACAUGUAAAUGUACAAGUAUGCUCUGUGCGUAUAAGUCAAUUGGCCAAUAUCCAUGUAAUAGUAUGUUGAGGAUAGCUUGUAUUACAUACACCCACUGUUGACUGUAACAUUAUACCAUUUCUUAAAUUGUACUGACAAGUGCCUGGGUGAGUGGAAAGGUUUAAAGUGUGAAAUAGUGACAUAAUCUAUCUACAAUGGAUUUCGGUUUAGCAUCAUGAUUUUUGACUACUUUUUGAUACUUAUAUUGAAGCAGUUGAAAUAACAAAGUAGUUUCCUAAUGUGACUCAUCAUUCCAAAAAUGAUGCCUAUUUAAAGAGGCCUUUUUUUCUUUAUUUUUUCCGUUUGCUAUACAUGUACAACAUAUAUUAUAUGUACCGGUGCCUUUUAAGAAAGACAAAACAAGUGAAUGAUAAUGACAGGUGUAUAAUUAUAUAUACAUGGAGACUUUUAUAAGCAAUAUUCUGUAAGAUUAUGGUGUAAAUUUGAAUUAAGUGUGUGUCUUUUUAGUUUUAUGUUACAUGUGUUAAUGGUCCAUUUGUAGACCAAAGCCAUGAAAGGGUUAAAGGAAAAUGACAUUUGUAUAUUCUGCUUUUCAAUCAAUCAGUACUUCUAGCAAUAUGCCUAUCAGAAGGUUAAUGUACAAUAAUGUUUAUGUAUAUAUAUAUAUUUAAUCAUUGCACAAAAAGAACAUUCCUUUAAUUGACCAAUAUUGUGAUCAUGUGUACUCAAUCCAAUGGUAUGUAAACUAUGUAGCUAUACUUACUUGUGUUACAGGAGACAUUUGAUUGAAAUUCCGAUGUCAAUAAUAUGCUGGUAUUGAAACUUGAAAGAUAUGACGGUAUUCUUAUCACCAUAA